CCCUCCUCCCUCCUCUUGUGGGACAUCCCAGGGUAUAAAAAGAACAAACCCUCUCCAGCAGAUACAAGAGAAACAACUCCUCAACUCCUCUGAAAACAGAGACUCCUCGUCUGAUGAGGCCAAGCUAAAACCUCGUUGCUCCAAACAAACUACUCAAGACUUUCUCUCUCCUCUUUUCGUUCUCCAUCUAUUCUCUCCAGUCUCAUCCGCCAUGCCUCCUCAGCUCCAGUCCCAGAACCAGAGCGGGCCCAAGAUCCUGCAGGGCGACCUCAGUGCCCUCAGCCCGGCUGUCAGGGAGUUUGUGGAGGCCAACAUAACCCUGUGCCUGCCUGACUCCCUACACAUCUGCGACGGCUCAGAUGAGGAGAACCGCGCUAUCCUGACCCAGCUGGAGGAGCAGGGGAUGAUCAAGAAGCUCAGCAAAUAUGAAAACUGCUGGUUGGCCAGAACUGACCCAAGAGACGUGGCUCGUGUGGAGAGCAAGACUGUGAUUGUGACCAGGGAGCAGAGGGACACAGUGCCCUCGCCGCUGGGAGGCGGAGUCAGCCAGCUGGGCCGCUGGAUGUCCCCGGAAGAGUUCGACAAAGCCAUGACUCAGCGGUUCCCCGGCUGCAUGAAAGGUCGUACCAUGUAUGUGAUUCCCUUCAGCAUGGGUCCAGUGGGUUCACCCCUGUCUAAGAUUGGAGUGGAGCUGACCGACUCUCCCUACGUGGUGGCCAGUAUGAGGGUGAUGACCCGGAUGGGGAAGGCUGUGCUGUCUGCUCUGGGAAACGACGAGUUUGUCCGCUGUUUGCACUCUGUCGGCUGUCCUCUGCCACUCAAAAAGCCCCUGGUGAAUAACUGGCCCUGUAACCCCGAGCAGACGUUAAUUGCCCACAUCCCAAACCGCAGGCAGAUUGUCUCAUUUGGCAGUGGCUACGGAGGAAACUCCCUGCUGGGAAAGAAGUGUUUUGCCCUGCGCAUUGCCUCACGUAUCGCCAAGGAGGAGGGCUGGCUGGCCGAGCACAUGCUGAUCCUGGGCGUCACCAACCCUGCGGGGGAGAAGAAGUACAUGGCAGCAGCCUUCCCCAGCGCCUGUGGGAAAACAAACCUGGCCAUGCUCUGUCCCACGCUGCCAGGCUGGAAGGUCGAGUGUGUGGGAGACGACAUCGCUUGGAUGAAGUUUGAUGACCAAGGCAACCUGCGUGCCAUCAACCCAGAGAACGGCUUUUUCGGAGUUGCACCCGGCACCUCAGCCAAAACCAACCCCAACGCCAUGGCAACCAUUGUCAAAAAUACCAUCUUCACCAAUGUUGCAGAGACCAGCGACGGCGGUGUGUAUUGGGAGGGAAUGGAUCAGUCACUGCCUGAGGAUAUCACCAUCACAUCCUGGAAGAACAAGCCCUGGAGUUCAGAAGAUGGCGAACCAUGUGCCCAUCCCAACUCUCGUUUUUGCACACCAGCCGGUCAGUGCCCUAUCAUCGACCCACUGUGGGAAUCCCCAGAGGGAGUCCCCAUCGAGGCCAUCAUUUUUGGAGGGCGCAGACCAGAAGGUGUCCCUCUGGUGUAUGAGGCUUUCAGUUGGCAGCAUGGAGUGUUUGUUGGCGCAGCCAUGAGAUCAGAGGCCACCGCUGCAGCUGAGCACAGAGGCAAGGUAAUCAUGCAUGACCCAUUCGCCAUGCGCCCCUUCUUUGGCUACAACUUCGGACAGUAUCUCUCUCAUUGGCUGAGCAUGGCUGACCGCCCCGGCGCCAAGCUGCCCAAGAUCUUCCACGUCAACUGGUUCCGCAAGAGCCCCACCGCUGGCUUCCUCUGGCCCGGUUUUGGCGACAAUAUCCGCGUCCUGGACUGGAUGUUCAGGCGGGUGAACGGCGAGGCCGGAGCCAUGCCCUCUGCCAUCGGCUACCUGCCUUGCCGCGACUCUUUGAACCUGCAGGGUCUGCAGGGCCACGUGGACCUGGAUGAGCUGUUCUCCCUGGAUCAGGAGUUCUGGCAAAGGGAGGUGGAGGAUGUGAGGAAGUACUUCACCACGCAGGUGAACGAUGACCUGCCCAACGAGGUGGCCCGGCAGCUUGAGCUCCUGCAGCAGAGAGUGAAGCAGAUGUAAGAAGGAAAGAACAGAGGGAGAGAAGCAGGUGUUAGCAUUUCCAGCCAUGUUGGUAAUCCUAGAACAGCUUGUCUGUAAUUCUAGAACAGAAUUAUAGUCGUUCUAGAACAACACAUCAGAAAUUCUAGAACAGAAAUUUACUAAUUCUGAAACAGCAUGCUGUUAAUUCUAGAACAGAUUGUGAGUAAUUCUAGAAUAUCUUUAGUCGCUGUUUUACUGCGGGACUCUUUUUAUAAGGGACUCUAAUUUUUAAGGAUUUUUUCUUAGAGGGGGAGCCUCACAAAUUAAUUCAAAGAGGAGCAUAUUUUUCUUUGAUUAAUUUUUUUUACUGCUAUAGACCCUACUUUUUAAAUUUCUACUUCGUUUAAAUGUUAGCUAGAAUCCCUCCCCUUUCAGAGAUUAUUGCUCUGAAAAUGCUUCUGUUAAAAUUCUGCUGGGAAUGUUGAAGUGAAUCAUAUGUGCUCAUCAGAAAAAUGCCAGCCAGAUGGCACCAAGACUGCUUAUCUGAAUAGGAUUUUUUUCCUUUCCAUUCAUUCACAUGUUGUUCAAAUGUAUUGUCUUAAUGUACAACUUAAGUUUGGUAUUUAAUAAUAACUUAUUAUGAAUGCACAUCAAACUGUCCUUGCCAUAUGGAUUUGUAUGGCACAGGAAGAGUAAAUGAACCCAUGUUUGAUCUCUCAAACAUGGGGAAAAUAUAUGUUUUCUGUUCCUGUCAUAUUUUGUGCCUUAAUUUAUUUUUAUACUGUGUUUCCAUCUCUUGUUCCUGUUUUGUUGUAAUCUUGAGCUCCCACAGAGGGGAGACAACAAUAAAAGAUAUUUCAACUAA